AGUCCUUCGCCACUCCUCACCGUCGACAACGCGGCUUUCAUCGCUUCCAGCAUCCCUCGCCUUUCACGUCUUAGAUUGUUACGACCUCCACGAUGGCCUCAUUAUUCGCCCACAACCGCAUCCUGCCAAACCUGAAGCGACGCGCCCGCUCCUCCAAGUCUGAUGCUUCCCCGACCAAGGCGAAGCCCCUCCACAUCCUACCCAACCUUGCGGAAGAGGACGAGCUCCCUCGUCACUCAUGCUCCUCGACAUCAUCGGUCCCGUCCGCAUCACAUCCCAGCCGGUUCGCUUCGGGAUGCGCUACCGUUGGCGGCCGCCCAUCAGCCGACCAGGUCAUCCACAUAAAGCGCGACUCGCGCAGGGUGGUCUUGACCGGCGCAGAAGGCUUGUCCUUUGACGACUUCUUCCCCCCUUCAAGCGCUCCGCGGGUCCGGACUCCUUCUCCCCCUCCUAUGACACGUUCCCCCUCGCCCCCUCCGCGUUCCGCGGCGUCCUCUCCAGGGUCUGAUUCCCCUCUGGACGACAUCAACCUUCGGUUUUCUGGUCUCGGUAUUUCUUUGGAUUUCCCUUCUCCCCCUUCCGCCUCGAUCCGCUCCUCAGCGCGCUCGUUCUCAAGGAGACGCGAACAGUCGCCUACGCCCUCCAACGCGAGCAGCGAAUCUUCGAGUUCGUAUUCCAGCCCCAAAACGCCUUGCACGACUCCUCCGACUUCCGAUGACGAAUCCCCAUGCAAGUCCAACCUUGCUCGCGCGCCGACCUUCAAGUCGCAGCGCGCCUCUAUUCUCUUCAUGAAGUCUAUGCCCGACCUGUCCGAGCCUGUGCGCAAGAGCUCAUUCUCUUCGAUAGUCGACGACGACAGCAUCAUGGAGGAGCUAGAGUGGAUCGCACGCGACAUCAGCGAAGUCGUUACGCUCUCCACUCCGCUUCCGCCUACGUUCCCGGCGACGCCUACAGAAGCUUCGAUGAACGCCCACGCCCGUCCUGAUUCUGUGAUGCCCCUUUCGCGGAGGGAGUCCCACCUGGGCAGGGCUGUGCCUCCUGUGCCUCGCAUUUCUAUCCAGGACAGUUCAGAAAGGCAGCGUCCCAGUGCCCAGUUGGACCCUACCUUUCCCCUUCGCAGACGUUCGUACAUGGUCCCGACUCGCCCCCCUCCGCCGCCGCCUGUGCCCAAGUCUCCUAUCAGCUCUAUGGAACAGGCCACGGAAGACUUGCUCGCUGAAUUGGCGAAUGCCGCACUCGGCGCCGGGUUCCUCGGCACUGAACUUACCGUCCCUCAGGACGGCUUCCUCUCUACCGAGUCCCUCCCGUCUACCCCCAGCAGCCAGUUCAUCGUCACGUCCCCUUCGGGUCUUCGCCCUCUCCCCCGCUUCAGCGUCCCCGACGACAUCAACGACUUCGGAGAUGAGAGCCCCGUCGAGCUCGUGGUGCCGGACCUGACGUUGCACAUGUGGCCCACGACCCCGCAGACGCCGCAGAGCAUCAGCGUCUACUCGCAGAUGUCCGAGUACUCUCCCCCGACCUCCCCGCUGUCCUCAUUCGACUUCGAGGUGGACGUGAGCCACAUCCUCAGCCACCGCGAGGAGGCCGCUGCUGCGCUCGAAUGCGCCUCGACCAUUUCCCGCUCUCCGUCCACGGUCUCCCUCGUCCCGUCCGAGCGCCCCCUGCGCUCGCGCUGGUCCUCGUCGACUCUCAGCUCCCUCGUCGAGGGCUCCUCGCACUCGACCUCCUGGCUGCCGCGCUUCAACCUGUCGCCCUCGAAGAAGAACAAGAGCAAGCCCGCUCCGGCCCCGGCCCCGGCACACACCGCGGGCCCGCUGCAGCGCAAGAACGCGGUCAAGGCCGGCCACGGCGCGAAGCGCUCCGUCGACUCGGACCGCGGGCUCACGCGGCGCGACAGCCGCGCCUCGCGCAUGAGCGAGAGCAGCGCGAGCGACAGCGGGGAGAGCACGACGAGCUCGGGGCUCAAGCGCAAGCCGAUCCCCAUGGCGCUGCUCGCCACCUCCGCGUAAUCGCCGCCGCCCUUUGUCCUGGAUCUGGAUCCGAACCCUCUAACGACCACUCAUGAUGACCCUUGAUUCUUUUCGACCUGCUCUCGCUGCUGUAUCCAUAGCCCACCGUACCGCUCCUUGCAUCGUCCAUUCGUGCCACCCCUACACUCAACAAACCAAGUACUGGCAUAUACUUAUUGUAGCAUUCGCAUUCCCCCUCCGAGCGAGCCCCAUCUCGCCUCCCCACAUUUGUAGCCUUCCCCCCUCC